UUAGAUAAAAAUUCAUUCAAAAUUCAAUAAAACAUUCAAAAACAUAUGAUAUGCAUAUGUAAAACAUUCAAAAACAUAUAUAAUAUGUUAACAUGAUUUUGAAGAAUUUGUUUUUAAUAUAUUGAAUACUGUUUUAAAACAAUAAUGGAUGAAAAUUUUAAAGUUAUACUAGAUGAGAACACAUUACAAGAGUCUUUGGCAAGUUAUAAAGAGCAGCUUGCUCAAAUCAUUAGUGUUAUUUCAACAGCUGAUGAUGCAUUAACCAAACUAGAGUUAUAUGAUCUUGAAAAAGAUUUAAAAGAAUUAAUUUCAGUCACUGAAGAAAGUCUGCUUUCUUUGAAAAAAGAAAAAUCUUUAUUAAAUAAAUACGAAGAAUAUAAUUUUCCUGUUAAUACUGAAUCUCAUACUGUUGGAGAAUCAUCUCAGAAUGAGUCAAUUGAUGAUGACAGUAAUGAUACUUAUGAUGAUGAUUUUGUUGGUUUGAAAUGCAGAGUUAAAUAUACUCAGGAAUGGGGUGGAUUUCAAUACCACAAUGCAUUAAUUUUAAAUGUUGAAAAAGAUUGUAAUGAAGAUUUAAAGAUUCGUGUACUUUUUUUAAAUCCGAUUCAAAAGUCAAUGUUACCCUGCAAGUAUUUUAUGGAUGACAAAUGCACUUUUGAUCAAGAUUGUAGGUAUUCCCAUGGUUAUCUUGUGAAUCUUGAAGAUCUUGUGGAAUAUAAAGAGCCUGAUUUUAGUAUUCUUUCUACUGGUAACAAGUGCUUAGCUAAAUAUGAAGAUGAUAUCUGGUAUAAGGCCACUGUUCGAGAAGUACAUGAUGAUCAAGCUACUGUAUCAUUUGAUGCAUAUGACAAGGAAAAAACAUUUGUACUAGAUUUUCACUCAAUUUUUCCCACUGAUUCCAGUUCUACUGAAAGUUCUGAUAACGAAUCUUUUGAAGACUUAUCUGAUGAACCUUUAACCUACAAACGAGUUUCAAUGAAUGGUCCAAUGGCUGAAUGGGAGCAACAUACUCGAGGUAUUGGCUCAAAGCUUAUGAUGAAAAUGGGUUACAUAUUUGGUAAAGGGCUUGGAAAAAAUGGUAAAGGAAUCGUUGAUCCAGUAGAGAUACGACUUCUUCCAGCAGGAAAGAGUCUUGAUUAUAUUGCUGAACUGCGAGAGAAAGGGCGUAUAAAAGAUCCAACAAAAAAAAAGGGUGGCAAGCCCAUAUGUUCCAACGAGAAUUCCGCGUUUGAUGUAAUAAACAGCUUAACAUGUAUAAAAGGAAUCGAUAAAUUGAGAGAUAAAACAACAGCUAAAUUUGGCGUUGAAGAGUCAUAUAAGUUUAUGAAAAAAAACUUAUCGAUGAAGAGAAGUGGAGAUGUAAGGCCAAAAUCUACACAUAAUGGUGUAUGCUUAAACGUUGAAAUGUUAAAGAAUAACGAAAAAGUGAGCAAGCUGAAGAAAAAUUUAACAAAAAUGAAAAAGUCGUUAGCAAGAAAUCCAGGCGAGACGCCUUUAAAUCGAACCAUAAUACAGAAUAUUGCAAUAACAGAGCGACAAAUAAACGAGCUACUUAACGAUGAAAAACAAAUCGAACAAAAACUUAACGUCAAAUCGCAAACAAAAAAAUUGAGCGUUUUUUAAAAAGCAGUAGUUUGUUAAUUUUGUUGUUAUCAUUAUUUUUAAAUAGCUAAAUGUUAUCU